AUGCGCACGCACCGCAAGCGGACUCUGCAGAGGUUGGCCUUUCACCUUUGCCCAGGUGUUGAAGCAUCUGUCUCUGUGUUUGUCACCAUGCUCGAAGCCAAAGUGCCACCGCCCGUCUACUUGCUGAACGAGAACAACAAGCCGCUGAAGGCAGAAUCAAAGCAGAUUUGUGAGCAGACUGGUGCACUGCUGCACCCGGUGGAUGAUAUCGCCACGUAUGUGGAGGUUGCGGGCCAUCGGAUCUUUGUGACUAGAGCGGAGACGCAGGAGGCGAAGCACUUCGGCGAUCCCUCGCUUCGGGUGCUCGGUUUCAAGCCCCUCAGCUCCUUGCAGGAUCAUCACCGCAUGUUCCAUGCCUACUUCGUCUACCCAAACGAGCGAGGCAAGGAGCUCCGAUGA